CAGAGGAAGAGACAGGAGACACGUGAUGACUUUGGUGUGAUAUUGACGGACUGAAGCUGGAGCCGAGAUGAACACAUUACGAACAGCUUUUUUGCGCUUUAAUGGGGCACAGAGUUUGUGUUGCAGGAAUGGCGCUCCCUCGUCGAUAUUCAGCUGCAGUCAGCUACGCUCUCUCAGUUUUGUCCUGUCGAGGUCAAGACCUGAGCAUAACACUCUGAACCCCAAAGUUGAGGGAGCGUUUCAGCAGCCACUCUGGAACCAUCAGCAGGUCCGCACAGUCAAACGCGGGACAGAAUAUCAGCCCAGCAACAUCAAACGAAAGAGGACCCACGGCUGGAUCAAAAGAAUUAGCACUCCAGGUGGGAUCGAAGUAAUCCUGCGUCGAAUGCUCAAAGGACGAAAAUCUCUCACUCAUUGAGACUGACUGGACAGAUGCUUUGAAGUCAAUCUCUUGAAUGUCAGCUAUGUAGUAGAGCUUUUGGAUUUCUGUUUAAAAUAGUCAUCGAUCUAAGAAAUGAAUGCCACCAAAAGACUUUUUUCAGUGUUCAGUUUAGUGGAUCUAAUCCGAUUUAGGAACAUGUCAAAGGGUUUGAUGUCGGAUCAGAGCAGUUUCUGUUUGUUUCUCGAAUGAUCUCAGUACACACAAUCAAAAAUAAAAUGAAUAAAUAGAAAACA